GACAAAUCGAUAAGGACUGUACAUUCAAUUUUUUUUUCUCUCUCACCCAUAACAGCUCCAACAUAUCUAGAUACAAGAGUUUUUUGGGAGUGACAACAACUUCCGUUUUAUCUUCUUCAUUUUUUUCGUUAUCUCUUUAAAUAACAGCCAAAAUUCCACACGCGUUUUUAACCACCCCAAAAAAAUAAAACAGUCAACAGUGAAAGAAGUUGAGGAUUUAUAUAUCACGAUUGAUUAGACUGUUUUCAACUAUUUUACGCGCAUUUUGCCUUCUGUACAGCUUCUUUGUGUCCUGACUUUUGCCCUUUUUCCUAAUUUUUCAUUUUCCUCAGUUUGCCAUCCUCUUUUUUUGCAAUAUUCUUUGGUGAAUUAAAGUGUUAUUAACUCACAAUUUGUGCAAUUUAAUUUAUCAAAUGUGCAAUACAAUUUGUUUUGUAAUGCUUUAACCGAGGUGCUUCAUCGAUCAAUUUGAGCGAAUUUAUAAAACCAAAAAAAAAAAAAUUACAAUCUAAGUGUCUCCUAAACGCCCAAUUUUUUCUUGCGCCUCUCAAUCUCCGUUGGAGCCUUUGUGAAAAUUAUUGUGCCAAAACCAAAAAAAAAAGAAUUGCUUUUGCAUUAGCUAAAAAAAAGAAGAAACCUUUAACUUUUUCUUUCUUCGUUAAACACGAGACAAGGAUACUUCAGAAAGAUGUCUCCAAAGAAAUCUCUCAAAAUUAUGAAGUAAAAAGUAAAGAAGUGAAUUGGAAGAUUUUUUCUGAAAAAGGAUGAUGCAUGAAGAUCAGGAUGAAAUCCAUCAGCAUCAUCACAAUCAACAAAACCCCCAAGAAAACCAUGAACCAAAGUGGAAGUCGCGGAAAACGUUCGGUGCUCAAGAGACGACUAAUUGUCUGUCUCAAAGUCAUCCUGGCCAUUACAGUGUUCAGCCUCUAUGUGGCCGUCUUGUUGCGUGAAUCACUCCAGGCAAUGGAAGAAGGCAAAGCCAGAAUGACCUCACGAAUAGCAAAAAAUUCCCAUCGAACAGCAAAAAUACUCAUUCAUCAUACCCUAAAAAGUACCACAAAUCAUUCAGUAGCAAUUUCUCAUCCAACAAAGCCCACCACACUCAAUCCCAUCUACGAGUACUCUGAGGAAGUUAAUGCAGCAGCUGAGAAGGAUUUUGCAGGCAGAAAGAAUCACCUGUGGGACACGUGCAUUCGACGGGGAAUGGUGGGUGUUUAUCCACCCAAUGCAUGGGAAUUCUUCAUUUCACCCGGACACGGAUUGGCCUGGUGUAAUGUCUUCAAGGCAGCCAGUAGCUCAUGGAUGUACUACUUCAAUAUUCUAGGUGGCUACAAUUUGGCUUAUCUGCAAAGGACAAAAACAUCUCCAUUGGAACUGGCACGUCAGCGAUUUCCGCGUCCAACAUUGCCAGAAUUGGCAGACUCCCUGGCCAAUUCAAUAUCCUUCCUCAUUGUACGUGAACCAUUUGAGAGGCUACUGUCGGCAUACAGGAACAAAAUUGAGGGUUUCCGCAACAAGUACUACAAAAUUUUGGCAGAGCAAAUUGUCAAGAAGUACCGCAAAACACCGAAAACAAAGGAUUCAUCUGGACCAACAUUCAAAGAAUUUCUCACCUAUCUCAUUCAUCACUACAAAUCCGGCAAUCGUUUUGACGAGCACUGGAGCCCCAUUUAUAGUUUUUGCACCCCAUGUAGCAUCAAUUACACCCUUAUAGCCAAAGUAGAAACUUUUCAGCGUGAUACCGAGUAUAUCAUUAGACAGGCAGGAUUAGAAUCUCUUCUACUUAAUAAAUUACCCAAUAAGAAAAUACGUGCCAUAUCCAAUCGUUCAACAAGUGACACACGUCACCUCAUACCCAAAUACUUUGGCCAAAUUGAUGCCCAAACCCUGGACCAAAUACUUGAAAUUUAUGAACCAGACUUUGAACUCUUUGGAUACAACUUCACCAAAUACUACGAACUCAUUGACCAGAAUUAAAAAGAUGUAUAAUUUACUUUUUUUAUCAAAAAAAAGAUGAUAACAAACCAUUUUAGAGAAUCUAAUAUUUUUCCUAAAUCUCCCAUCGAAUUUCACCUUCAUAAAAUUUAUAUGUUUAGAUCUAAUAUUGCUAGAUUAAAACAAAAGUAUUAGGAAAAAUAUUAUACUAAAAUUGGCACUAAAUGUAUGAACAGAAGAAGACGAAUAUUUAUGAGAAAGAAGUAUAGCCAAAAAGAGCACAUUUAUACGUAAAGUGAUGGUAGUUUAGGAUUUUACUAAAAAAAAAAACAUAGAAUGGAAUUCUGGGAAAAGUUUUUAUCGAAUUUGAGUUUAUUAAAAACCGUUCAGGACCCACCGAAAUUCUUCUCGCUCAGAAGUAUUAAAAUCCUAACUUCAAAGCUAUUUUGAAAAAUUAUUUUCAAACUUUAAAUUAUUUAAUAUUAUGUAUUAUCAAAAUUAAAUGAAACUUUAAAAAUUCGCCUAAACAAAUAUAAAAAAAAAUGAAAAAUAUAAGUUUCCGAACAUAUUAAAUUCAAAAAUAAUUUCAAGGUUUGAAUCCCAGAAAUCCAAUUCUAGUUUUUUGCACAAUUUAAUAAAAAAAAAAAUUAAUGCAAAAUAUUUUCUAAAAAAUUUACUGUUUUUGAACAAUUCUAGAAAUAUUUUAAAAAAAUCUAUAUAACCCAUCGAAAAGAAAAAAACUUCAUAAGCCUAGAAUUGUGCAAAGAUACAACUAAAUUUUAAUAUAUAGCAAAGUUUCUCAU